CCUUGUCCUCCUCUCACAUCCACCCGCCGCACCCGUGCCUCGUCCACCUUCGCUGCACCCACGCAGCGCUGCACAUUCGUGCGGGCCUCUCUUCGCCUCUCCACCCGCGUAUUCAGCGCAGACCGCCAGCCCGUAUCCUCGCCGCGUAGACUCUGCCUCAGCAGCCGCACCGCGCGCCUCCACCCGGCGCUCCGGCCAUGUCUCAGCCUCCUGCUGCCUCGGCAGCCACGGGCGGCCUGCCACCGGCGGCGUAUGCCGAUGCCUUCGUCCGAGGGCCGCCACGCGAGAGCGUCUCGCGCGUCCAGGGCCGCCUGCACAAGGCCAAGAUCCUGACCGACGAGCUCGCUGAAUACUUCGCCGCACGCCGCGAGCUCGAGAAUGCCUACCUCAAGGCGCUGGCCAAGAUCAGCAAGCGCCAGUUCCUCUCCGACCCGACGGCCCUCGGUGCGGGCUUCCUGCCGGUGUACGAGCGCCUCGUCGCCGAGAUUGCCGAGGUGGCGAGCGUGCACGGCGAGCUGGAGACGAAGAUUGAGCAGGAAUGCGAAAUUGUGAUGCGCAGCGCCAGCAACCGCGGCGAGUGGGGCCGCGUCAAGGAGCACGACGACAGCAUCGCCAGCACGCUGCGUGAGAUCAACACGCUUGAGCAGCAGCUGGCCAAGGACCAGAAGAAGGUGGAGGGUGCCUCGUCGAAGAAGGCGUCGGCAGCGCAGGAGAAGCUGCAGGAGACGGAGCGUGCGCUGGCGCAGACGAUGGACAUCUGGGAGACGGAGGCGCCGUUUGCCUUUGAGGCCUACCAGCGCAUCGAUGCGCAGCGCCUCGACCUGCUGCGCGAGACGGUGGCCAAGUUCGAGACGGCGCAGAGCGACGCGGCUCAGCGCCUCAUGUCCAUCACCGAGCAGACGAUGCAGGUGGCGCUCAACUUCGACACGCAGGCCGAGAUGACCGAGUUCAUGCUCAAGAACGGCACGGCUACUCGCUCCGCCGUCGCUGCACGCAGCAGCGCUCGGGGCGCACGAGAGCAGACGCCCGUCUCGCGCAGCUCGGCGGCGCCAGAGUCGCGUGGCUCGACGCCGGCGCGCACGUCGGACCCGCGCGCCAAUGGCAGCACCAUGCUCGGCGGCUCUCGUCCGGCUGCCUCCUCGACGACGGAGUUUGGCGCACCGCAGCAGUCGUCCAGCGCCUCGAUCCACUCGGCCACUGGCGGUGACUCGACGACCGGCGGCGGGCGCGGCAGCACGCUCAAGAAUGCCCUCUCGCGCUUCGGCCGGCAGCGCUCCAACAAGGACGCCGACCGCUCGACGAUGUACGGCAGCCUGCCGGAGCGCGCAGAGCCCAUGAGCCCGCCAUCGGCGCCCAUCGUAUCUGCGCGAGCCCCGCAGCUCACGCUCGGCGGACAGAGCGGCGGCGCAUCGCGGCGCGACGAGAAUGCAAGCGGCGCGGGCCUGAUGGCGCCGAUGGUGCCGAGUGCCGCCAACUCCAACGCUGGCUCGCAGCAAGUGAGUGCGAGAUGUGGCACUCCUGUGCGCACACAUGCUGAUGCUGCACUGCAGUCCACGCUCGACCGAGCAGCAGUCGCGCCGCAGGUCGACUCGGAGGGCUUCUCAAUCCCGCCGCCGGACCGCAAGCCAUGGGAGGCGGGAGGAGCAGGCGCGCUGCCUGGCGCCUCGCUGAUGGACGAGGAUGACCAGGAGGAGGUGUCCGACUUAACUCACGCUAGCGACAGGCCCAAGGUGACUGGCAUGAACAUCGCGAGCAAGCCCGUGAGCCGGCAAGACUCCGAAGAGGAACAAGCGGCUCUCGAGCGCAUGCGCUCGACGCUGCUCACUGCCCGCUCACCGCCGACGGCGCCCUCGCGGCGCAACACGACCCGCCGAGACCGCCGUGACGUGCGCAACACGACGUACGGCGGCGGCAUGAACCUGAAUCUGGAGGAGGCCACGCGUCAGCACGCGCCCAGCAGCGAUGCUUCGGGCCCGACGAGUCCCAUCACGCCAGCCAGCGCGUUCACGGGCGCACCUGGACUGGGCGCCGGGCGCACACAGAGCAUCGUCUCGAUGUCGUCGAUGAGCGCCGCGCCAGGCAAUCCAUUCGACGCGGGUGCUGCCGCCCAGGGCCUGCGCGCCUCCAUCACCGAGACGGUCAACGUCAUCUUCGCCGGCGGCGCUGUCUCGCGCCUCAUGAUCGUCGGCGAGGUGGCUGUCUCGCUGCGCGAUCUUGCCUCGACCGACCCGCUGCACCUGCGGCUGGACUCCUUCGAGCAGCUCGAGAAGGUCGCGCCCAACCCGGCCUUCCUGCAGCCCAUCGGUGCCGACCGGCCAGGCGAGUACCGCUUCGAUGUCGGCGCGCUGCUGGCGCAGGGCGGCGGCUCGGCGGGGCAGGCGACGCUACUCAAGUACCAGCUGUACGUCUCGGAGAGCCGGCAGCGCGAGUACAUUCCGCUCGACGUGACGGCACAGUGGCGCUGCGAGGCACAGCAGACGUCGUUCCUCUGCAACUACUCGCCCAACGCGCAGAGCCGGCUGGCGACGGAGACUGCGGCCGACGGCACAGCGGCGGAGCUGCAGGACGUCUCGUUCGUCAUCAGCGUGCAGCCGUCGAGCGUGACGGGCCAGAUGUCGAAGCCGACGGGCAACUGGAACGCCGAGCACAAGCGCAUGUACUGGCGGCUCGACGAGGCGCUCUCCGUCGCGGCGCCGCAGCCAGGCAAGGUGCUGGCGCGCUUCCAGGUCGAUGCACCCAGUACGCCUGGCGCCGUGCAGGUGCGCUGGCGCGUGCCGGGCCGUACGCUCAGCAACCUUGGCCUCUCGGUCGUCGAGAGCUCGAGCAUCGCACCGUCGUCGCUGCGCUUCGAUGCCAUCACGCGCACCACCACGUCGGGCAAGUACGUCGCCAACCCAUGA